UAUAUUAUGGCACAGUGAAAAAAUUGAGCUGACCAGUUUUGUUCUCAUUGAAGUAGGAGGAAAUCCAAAAAGAAGCGAUUGAGUGAACAAUAGAAAUUGCAACAAGUCAAGAUAUACUUGAUGACACAUGCUGCCAUGACCACAAGAUAUGUCCUGCAUUGCAUAUUUAUUUGUCAGUUGAAGCUCUUUUAACAACAGCAGCAGCAACAAGGCCAAGAACUUGAUCACUUUAUUCAACUUCAACUGUCAACUGAAGCUCAGAAAUUUGUGUUUCAGUGAUCAAAUUUGGUUUCUUUUUUUCUUCACCUUCAAGUUAAUCUGUUUGCGUGCUUAAGUAACAAGAUGUUUUGUAAGAAUGGAACAACGAUCGACAGCUUUGUGUUUUGAAUCUCAGAUCUCCAGUUGCUUCUUCAUCAUUAUUUUUCAUGAAAAUUGAAGCACUAAAACAGUUCAAUUGACUUAUUAUUAGUUUCAUCUCCUUCCUGUUCAUUUGUUGAUUUUUCUGCCUUAAUUGAUUAAGCCCACCGUUUUGUUGUCAAGAAUUGAACUUUAUAUAACUUGGUACCCAGAUGGAUGCAUGUGAACUUUUGGAGUUCCAUUUGCUCUAAUUUGGUUGUCAGAAGGAUAAACUGAUGAUAUUUUCAGUUCUGACUUUAAGAAUUAUGGAUCGAUUAUUGAGGUUUGAUCUGCUAGUUUCAUGCCUCAUAAUGUGCAUCUUCUUUUCUUUGCUGUGAGAGAGUUGUAGUUCUAAACUUUAUUCAGUUUGUUUAAGACAGGCUACUCUGAAUUGGCAUAAUAGUUAUGAUUAGAAAUCGCUAAGGGUUGUGAAAGGAUGCAAGGAGACGUGCUCUUAUUGAAUUCACAAACAUAAAUCUUAUGUUCAUGUAUUUUCCCUUUGAAUGUGACAGGCAAAUAAAGAAUACUAUAGUCUGUAUGAACACUCAGGUCAAACAUAAUCUGGUUCUGAUAUCAUGAACUCUUUCGCUGGCUGCUUUCAUCUGAAGAAAGCUAGAAAAACGCUUGGGUAUGAGGACCCAAACAUUCUUGCUUCUGAAACACCUUUUUCCUUGAAUGAAGUGGAGGCCUUGUAUGAUUUGUUCAAAAAACUAAGCAGUUCCAUUGUUGAUGAUGGUCUUAUUCACAAGGAAGAAUUCCAGCUCGCACUUUUUAGGAACAGCACUAAUCGGAAUCUUUUUGCUGACAGGGUAUUUGAAUUGUUUGAUGUUAAGCGUAAUGGCGUAAUUGAAUUUGCAGAAUUCGUCCGGUCACUGAGCAUUUUCCGUCCAGAUUCUCCAAAAGCAGACAAAGUUGCAUUCGCAUUUCGAUUAUAUGAUAUAUGGCAAUCAGGCUUCAUCGAACGUGAGGAGGUCAAGGAGAUGAUUUUGGCACUUCUAAAGGAAUCAGAGUUGGUUCUUUCUGAUGAAAUGAUUGAGGUCAUUAUUGAGAAGACAUUUGAGGAUGCUGAUUCGAAAAGAGAUGGGAAAAUUGAUCUGGAAGAGUGGAAUGAAUUUGUAGCUCGUAAUCCAUUAAUGCUAAAGAACAUGACAAUUCCAUAUUUAACGGACAUUUCAACUGCAUUUCCCAGUUUCGUUUUGAGAUCAGACAUGGAUGAUGAUAGUAAUGGCAACACCAACAACAAAGAAUGAAAAUAUGUAUUAAUAUUUUCCAGAAUACAUCAAUUAUCAGGCAAUGUCACAUUUACACAAUAAUAAUAUCAGAUUUUUCAUCU